CCAGCCCCCCAUCUUUAAUUUCCUAGCCCGCCUUAUCCGUCUCCUCUCCCCAAAUUUAAAAUACCAAGCUAAAAUGGCAACCGUCGGAUUCCCGUCACCGGCGGCGAAGCUCUCCACGCCCCGGCCCUUCGCCUCCCACUGUGGACGCCGGGGGCCGAGGAAUCUCACCAUCCGCGUCCAGUGCUCCGCCGAGGCGGCUCCGGGCACCGCCGAGGAGGAGGAUACCGCCUCGGCCACCUCGUCUCCUCCCCCGGCCCCCAAGCCCUUCUCGUCCCUCAUCUCCUCUUCCAACGUCGAGAAGGCCCUUCGAGGCAUCCCGAUUACGAAUGCCGAUCAUUACGGGAGGCUGGGGGUCGCGAGAGGCACUUCCUACGAUGAGGUUCAGGUCGCCUACGAAAAGAAGUGUGAAGAACUGAGAAAUAAAGGAUUGGAUGAAGAAGAAGUCAGCAAAGAGCUAGAACUCUUGAAGGAAUCUUAUGGAAUACUCUCAUCCGAGGAUGAGAGAAGAUUAUAUGACUGGAGUCUGGCUAGAAUUGAGAACCCAGAUAGAUAUGUUUGGCCUUUUGAGGCUGACAUAACGCAAACUCCAAAAUGGCCUUCUCCUCCACCACAGGAACCGGAAGAUGAGGGGCCAACAAAGCUUGUGGGAUAUUUUUUCCUAGCUUGGUUGGUACUGUCUUUUGUAUUAUCCGUAACCUUAAACCGAUGAGACACUUCCUCAUAUUGCACGAUAAAUAUAAGUACUUGAUAUUUUAUCUUGUCUCAUAUUUGAUGAAUUGAAACUUGUAAUCUAGAGCAUGUUGCUUAAGCUCGACGGAUGGCUCAGUUGAGCCAUCCUCAAAUGGUUGCAUCUUUUUUAAAAUGUUUACAUGGGACCAACCAGAUAAGGAAUACCUUUUUUUUU